AUGACAGAAUCGACUUUUGAUAUAAAAGAAGUUUAUCUUAAAUUCUUGAAAGAUAAUGAGGAUAUGACCAUGCCCAUUGCGGCGAUAGAGUCAUUGGUUUCCAUGCUUCGAAUUAAACAGCCGUCGACGUCUUCAGAACUCAUCAAUUUAGUCAAAUCGAAUAUAGAAAUUCUUAAGACUUCUAUUCCAAAUGCUAUAUCACUCUCAGCAGGAUGUGAUUUGUUCAUGAGAUUUGUGUUAAGAAAUACUAACCUUUAUUCCGACUGGGAGUCAUGCAAGAAGAACUUGGUUGAAAAUGGUGAAUUAUUCGUUCAAAGAGCGAAAGAAUCAAGAAAUAAACUGGCUGAAUUUGGUGUGCCUUUUAUAAGAGAUGAUGACAUUAUUCUAGUGCAUUCUUACUCGAGAGCAGUACACCAACUUUUAUUGAAGGCAAAAAAAGAGAGAAUGAUUAGAUUCAGAGUAAUUGUAACAGAAUCUAGACCAACAGGGAACGGUAAGCAAAUGGCAAAAGUCCUCAGAGAAGCAGAUAUUCCGGUUGAUAUGGUUGUGGAUAAUGCUGUUGGUUACGUGAUACAUAAAGUUGACAAGAUUUUAGUGGGGGCGGAAGGAGUCGCCGAAAGUGGUGGAAUAAUUAAUCAUAUCGGUUCAUAUCAGAUUGGAUGCUUAGCAAAAGUUAACAAUAAGCCAUUUUAUGUGGUUACCGAGUCACACAAAUUUGUCAGGUUGUUUCCUUUGGCACCAAAUGAUUUACCAAAUACCCUAGCAUUUCAAGAAAAAGAUCAAGAAGAUUCAUUCAAUACACAGCUUGUUGACUUUACACCACAUGAAUAUAUCACUGCGUUAAUUACAGAUUUAGGGGUAUUGACACCUUCGGCAGUAUCCGAGGAGUUGAUUAAGGUGUGGUAUGACUAA